AUGGCGCAAACGACUGUAUGGCCAGCUUCCAAAGUCCGUUCAACUUUCAUAUCAUUCUUUGAGUCCAAGGGUCACAAACACGUGCCUUCUUCCUCCACGAUUCCUUUUGAGGACCCAACAUUGCUAUUCGCGAAUGCCGGAAUGAAUCAGUUUAAGACUAUAUUUUUGGGGACGGCUGAUCCAAACUCUGAACUCGGAAAACUGAAAAGGGCAGCCAAUAGUCAAAAGUGUAUUCGUGCAGGUGGGAAGCAUAAUGAUCUCGAGGAUGUAGGGAAAGACGUUUAUCAUCACACGUUUUUUGAAAUGAUGGGGAAUUGGUCGUUCGGUGAUUAUUUUAAGAAAGAUGCAAUUGCAAUGGCAUGGGAACUCCUAACAAAAGUAUACGGGCUCCCCAAGGAUCAGCUUUAUGUUACUUAUUUUGAAGGGGAUGAAAAAAUGGGAUUACCGGCUGACUUUGAAGCAAAAAAUCUUUGGUUGGAGGUGGGCAUGGAGGAAAAAAUGUUGGUUCCUGGGAAUUCAAAGGAUAACUUUUGGGGCAAGUAA